AUUUUCUUUAUACAGAGAUUAUAUUGCGUUUUCAGAAUUAGUACGCACAAUUGGAACCGAAUAUUGCACUCCAACAAUGGACGAUAGUCAUGAACACGUGCUAUCGGAACAGCUCUGCAGCUCCAUACAUCCUGUCAGAUAUAUCGGACUCGCGUUGCAACAGAUACCUCCUGCUUGUGUGCUCAGGACAUCCGGUACGAACGCUAAACGACAAUUUCACUCAGUGGACUUUCAAUCUAUAGCGUCGCUUCUCCAGAAUUUCUUUAAAUCAAGGAAUCACACAUUGGGAUGUGGUUACGAUGAGAGUCGACUUCGUCGCUUCAAAACGGAGGUUUCACUACAUAUCGAAGAUGAACAUGUUUUACCACUAAGGGCAGACAACAACGUGUCCUGUUUGUCCUUAGAAACGCGACUCUACGCCACUCCGCAUACAAUUCCGAGGGGGCUCAAGAGCAACUUAUCAGCUAGAAAACGAUCCAUGUCUGAGGUCGUCAAGGCCUGGAGGUCACAUGCGUCACUGGUGCAGUAUAGGCAACAUUCAUCAUGUAGUAUUAAAGCCGGUAGUCAAGAAUCAAAAUCAAAAGGCAGGUUACGACGAUUUCGGACUGAGCUUUCGUUGACUUCAAUUGACGCGUUUCCGUUAGUGGAAGAUCCGCGUGACGACGUGUCCUCUACGUCAUGUUCGUCGGAAAUUGCUUCGGACAUGGAAAGUUUCGUAACUGCAAAUGAAAGCUUUGUUUCGACCGAGUCGCUGAUAUCACAUUCAAACAGUGUACAUACAUCACAUGUCGACAUGCCUUGCUCGACACCGGAUAUGGAGCUGCGUGAACCACGAGACCGUAAGUACUCUCGUGGAGUGUGUUACAACGUGCAAAACCAGACGAUUAUGUCGUAUAGUGAGUCUGGCUCGGAGACUGACGGCAGUUUUGUCAGUGCAAACACAAGGCAAACUGUGGAUGACGUCCACGGCGAUAUUAAAGAUGGAGAUUUUCGAAACACAUUGGCGUCAAACAGCUUUUUUCUUGAAAAGUACAUAAUAAAUGAAAACAAGCACAGAAAGUAUAGCCGGUUGUCUUGGGUGUGUCUGCCGAAAAAUCGUUUAUCACGGAGCAAGGUUAAGUCUUUUGAGAGCAUCGCUAGGAUGACCAGGAUAGGAACUCGCCAUAACGUAGUCACGUUUCCGUUAGACGCACUGUUCACGCAGCGUGUGUCUAGCAAGAAACAGAAGCACAGUCUCACGUUGGUUGACCUCCUGUGUGGAUGCAGAAAGCCAGCGCCGAGGAAGAGGCGAUGCGAAACAGAGUUGGGCCUGUUACGUUAAUACUCACUUUACCUACAGUUUCUCUGUAUAAACACCAUCAACAUUAUAUGAGGAUUAUAAUACAGAAAUGGGCGCUCUAUACUACAUUUAGAGUCCAUAUGACACUAUACUUCCCCAAAUGUCCCCUACUUAGAUUAUGGUGAAGGAUGAUGGUUAAAGAUCUUCUACCGGUAUAUUAAUGCACAGCAGUUUGUUCAUUUCCGUAACUAUGUAAGAUAAGUGGAAAUGUUUUCUCAACGUUGGAAAUGUUUUCUCAACGUUUACAAUAUUAAUUUAAAAAUUAUGUUACUUAUGCUAAUAAAUUAAGACAAUUUACAAUUGCUUAUAUUUUGUUAAUUAAUGGUGUUGAUUUAGACGGAACCGAUAUUUAAA